GGGGUGAUAGCAGAUUAUGAAUCAAAACAUGGACAUAGAAUCUGCCCAGCAUUCAAUGGAAGAUACACAGAUUUUUAGGACCCAACCAAGACAGCCUAAUAAGUUAGAUGGAAUUUGCCAAACAGAUGGCAAUCUGUGCAAUUCAAAUCUUCCAUCUCAAAAUUUCUAUCCAUAUUCACCUUAUUAUACACACAUGCAUAUGAAUUACAGCAGCGACUUGGAAAUUUUUGAAGCAGUAAGAAUUCGAGAACUAGAAGAAGUCAAAGCCAGAGCUGCCCAAAUGGAGAAAACCAUGCGCUGGUGGUCAGACUGUACUGCUAAUUGGAGGGAGAAAUGGAGCAAGGUUAGAGCAGAAAGAAAUAAAGCCCGAGAAGAAGUCAGACAAUUGAGAAUAAAAUUGGACAGUGUUGUAAAAGAACUGAGUAUGCUUAAAAAGAUAAACCAGGAUUUAGUAAGUGAGAAAGAAAGUUUAGAAAAUGUAACUGCUUGGAAAACAGAAUAUUUCAGUUCCUCAGAAAUAUCUCAUAUAGAAAAAGACCUAAACCAGUUAACAUUUUUGGAACAUGAACCUGUGAAAGAACUGAAUAAAACCAAUGGAAUUCCUUGGGCAGAAGACUCAAACAAGGAUGUGGAGUUAAUCAAACAGCCCUUAAGAAGCAGUCAGAAUAAAAAAAUGACUCCAAAGCAUCUUGAUUCCUUUCCCAGUGGAUUUACCAGUAUUUAUUUUGAGGAACCUAAAAAAGGUCUGCACAAUGCAGCUCAGACGUCAGAGAAUGAUUUAAUGCAUGCUUCUGUUCUGCAUUUGCAUUUGGCUGAGUUACAGAAAAUCUUAACCAAAGAAAGAGAAAUGAAUGUAUUUCUGGAAAAAGAAGUGGAAAAGACAGAAAAUGAACUAGCUCUUUGGAAGUGGAAAUAUGAAGAACUAAAACAAUCUAAACUGGAAAGUCUGAACCAGCUGGAAAGAUGGCAGUUUGAGAAUACCUCUGAAUGGGAAAAGAGAGAGAGACCUGAUACAGAAAAGCAAAGUUUGGAAGAAGAGAAAAGAAGAUUGAAGUUGCAAGUGAAAGAAAUUCAGGAUCUUCUGGAGAUGAAAAAUAAAGCAGUGCCAAUUAAAUUGACUUGUGAUCAUCAAAAUGAUCAUCAAAAUGCACGAAGUAAGCUGCCGGUUAAAAAUCAGGUACGUGUUAUGUUUCAUUAUUUUGGGAGCAUUCCCAUGUAGAAUUGCUAUUUCAUACUGACAAAUGACAAAAUAUGUCCCCAAAACAAGGGCUGUACAGGAGAAAAUAUCUGUGUGCAUCUCAAACCUGGGCUGUUAAAACACAGUGAAUUUCUGUAGGGUACACAAACUGAAAGAAAAAUCUCUUCAUUCUUAAAAAGAACCGGUGGAAUUGACAAGUUAGACAAGAAAACUUAGCAGUGAAAAUAAUGACUAAGAGGAACUGAAGAGAUUGAGUAAACUUUGGUAGAUACAGGAUCCUGAUGAAGAUCAAAGCAAAA